AUGUUCGCUCACGUCGUCCUUCAUACUAUUGCAGAUAUAUCAGCCGAAGUGGAAGUUCGUCCGGGUUCCAUCAUUUUGCGUCCUUACGAGCCGCUCAGACUGGAAUGCAUUUCCCAUAAUCCACUGAUCAGGCCGUCAGCCCGUUUUGGUGAUGGGCGUCCGUUGGAAGAUGAUCCUCGUUUCCAGCUGCGACGAAUUCUGCCCAAUCACAUAGAAAUUCUGUCUACAACUGGGCUAACAGAACGGGAUGGUAAUUUGACGAUAGUGUGA